GAGACUGUCCGUCUUGCGUCCGACGUGAAGUGUGGCGGUGUGAUGGUCUGACUUCUCUCCGAACUUACUCCGAAGUGUUCUGAGUUUUGAGCGCUGCUCCAGUCUCACCGUUCGGUCCAGCGACAUUCUCACGACACAUCCAAUCGCCAUGGCAGCGAACGCGCUCGAGGAGAAAAUUAACAAGAUAAGGCAACAGAAUGAGGAAAUCAGAAGGAGGCACGAGGAAGUGGAGGAGGAUAAGAAAAAUGCAGCCAAACUGAAUGCGCUGGUGCAAAUGGUGCCGUCUACAGAUUGGCCGGAGAGGAAAGAGCCGCCAGAAUUUUCUAAUCCACCUAGAACGAGUAACAAGGCAAAACCUGCCAAGGAACACCACGAGCAUUCUCAGCAAUAUCAGCCCGCGAGUGGCGAAGGACGGAAAGGUCAUAUGUUUGCUCAGGGACAGGGGCCUCCACCUGAUCCCAAGUAUAACUUCCUUGCUGAUGCCGAGAGAGAGGAAAGCGAAAGAGGAGAGAGCACGAAGGACAUUUCAAAUAGAGGGCAAAAAUAUUCACGGGGCAUGUUUAGGAGGAGGCCUGGUGGGAAGGAUGGGAUGCAAAGAGAUUAUAGAACGAAUAGAGGGUCACACAGGGAUGAACAUCAGCCGGAUUAUGAAGCUUGGAGAGCUGAAAGAAAUCGUAUUGACGAGGAUCGCAUUAGCAGACAGAGAACUGCGGAGGGUAAUUGGCGUAGAGAAUGGGACAACGACAAGGCACACGUCGUGGACGAAGUGGCGAGAUCUGAGGCUAAAUUAGGGGAUUAUGUAAAAAAGGACUAUAAAGACUUUGAUAGAAGAUACCACGUUAAUGGAAAUGAUUAUGCAAACCAUAAUCGCGGCGGUCAUCGUUCCUAUCGGGGAAAUUCGAGACAUUUUCAUAAUAAUUAUGAAAAUUCUUCCAACGUGUAUCAUCAAGAUGGGCAUGUUAAAAAUCCUUCCGGUCCCGAAAAGAGAACUGUCGUCGCUACCGACAAAAGUAUAAAAGUUACGCUGAAUCAAGGAAAUAUGACAAAAGGUCCAGUCAUGAGUGUCAAAGUAAACUCGCCAAGUAUCGCUGGAACAGGACGAGUCGGGCCGCGACAAAGGAGUCGCAUAACGUACAGCAGUCAUUCAGACGUUGAAGUAACUUCCCCCGAUACUGAGUCCUUUUCACGUCCAAAGUCGUUUGAGGACAGAACUAAAGGUGUCUAUCAUGAAAAUCUACACAAGUCCCCCAAUUCGCGAAAGUCGCAGCUCCCACCGAAAAAAAAGGACUUCAGCAAUAAGUCUCCUUACUUUCGUAAGAAAGAGAUUAGAAAGGAAGACGAAAGCCUGCAGAAGUAUCAGGAAACGGAAUCAUCGCGAAAAGAACAUGAGGAGUGGCAAACGUCUUAUCAGUCUGAACUUGAAAAACCUGAGGAGACCACUACGGAGUCACUGGAAGAUGAUAAGAUAGUGACGACUGCGAACGAGAAAGAAAGCAAUAUAAUUUCUUCUGGAGAAUCUGAUGUGAAUAAUGUAGAAAUAGAAAAUAAGGAUAAUCAGAAUGACAAUUUGAAUUCACAUAUAAAUGAAAAGAGCGAGGUACAUGCAGACAAAGAAGGUGAGCAGCUUGUUUUGCAGAAUUUAGAUUUACCCGCGUCUAAGAUCGAUACAGAGAUUGAAACGUGUGAAGAAAAUGGAAAGCUGGGAGACAAAUUGGAUGAGUCGCCAAAUGUUCAAGCGAUUGUGACAUUCGAGCGCGAAACUAUUGAAACAAAUUUAACUACAUCAUCAGUAAUAGAUGAUGAUGAUAAAAAUGAGACUAAAUAUGUGGAACACUCGUCAUGUGAUGCUAAUAAAGAUACCAAGGAAACUGUACUGGAAAAUGAACACCAUAAUUCAGAGCAAACUAAAGAAAUCUUAAGCGAUAACUGUGAUAAUAAACAAACUAAAGAUAUGAGUGAGCAAGAAAACGAUGUUGAGCACGACACGAAAAGCUCUCCAGAAGAAAAAGAAGUAAACAGUGUUACGAUUCCAUCUUCAAUCGAUGUAUAUUGUAUAGCAAAACAAAGUGAUAAACUGAGAAGCGAGGAUGAAGCCUUAAAAGAAGAAGAAAAUUUGGCCAUAGAAGAUAAAACUGCUAUUACAGACGAAAAGAUUAACACUGAUGAUAAACGGGAUUCAACAAAAUGUAUUAAUAAAACUCAAGAACGCACAGAUAAUAAUGAGAGAGAGAUUGACGUUGCAAAUAGCAUUGUAGUUGAUAAGAUAGAAUCUCUAAGAGAGGAUUUACACGUAGAAGAAGAAAAGGUAGCUUUGAGUGACCAAGAAUGAAAAAAAUAACAGAGGGAAGUGUGAAGUAAAAAUGUAUGAAGUGUUAUGAUGUAACUGUAAGUUACCGAUAGACAACGUCUGAUAGGAGACAAAGCUUUUAUAAAUAUUUGUUGAAAUGCGUGAUAUAUAUUUCAAAAGUUAAUUUUUAUGGCAAUAUACGAGUUGAGAAAAUCAAGUUAUUCGAAUAGUUCCCAACGAAUUCUUAUUUUUGGAACAAGCAUUCGAGAAUGUUACGUGGAUGACUGCAAGUUUGCCGAGUGAUAAUAUAUUGUAUGUAAUUAUAUUUUUUUGUUUCAGAAUUUUAUAUAUAUACAUAUAUAUAAAUACUCUGUUAUAUUAUAUGUUUAAUUUUAUUUCUCUGAUUCUCUUAAGAUUGCUCUAAAUUUCGAGUACUAUGUAAAUGCUACAUAUAUGCAGUAUGCUAUAUGUAGCACGUGUGUAUAUAUAUGUAUGUAUAUAUAUGUAUGCAUAUAUACAGGAUGUUCCAGACCUGCAGUGUUACCUGUUAAUGGCAGAUACCUAAGAUUAUUUUAAGACAAAAAUAUUAAUAUCAAAAUGCCUAUAAUAGUUUUUAAAUAAGAAGUUUUCAAAGUUGGCCAAUCAGAUUUGCACGCUCAGGCAUGUCACAUUGCAGUAUAUAAUGAAAGUGUUUUAAAGCACAUUAUUUCUAGAGAAAAGAAUAAAUGAAUUGAUGCGCUUGAAAAUAUCUUCACUACUGUGCAACGUGACAUGACUGAACGUGCGAAUUUCGGACAACUUGAUUGGCCAACUUUGAAGACUUCUUAUUUAAAAACUAUAUAUUAUAGCCUCGACAUUUUGGUAUUAGAAUUUUCGUCUUGAAAUAAUCUCAUUUAUCUCAGGUAUCAUUAACGGGUGGCACAGCAAAUUUGGGACAUCUAUAUAUACAUACAUAUAACGUGCACAAUUUUAACAGAAACAGCGCUUUUAUAACAGAAAAAAAAUAGCAAAGUUACUGUGUAUGACAUCUCCGAAUUUUUAUAUGAAAUGUAACCCGAAAGAAAAAUUCACUCCUGUUCAAGUGACAAUCAAAGAAUAUUUUAGCACAAGCAAUAAAAAAAAACGGGAUGUUUCAGAUCGAGAACAGCUGUGAAAUUAACAAAUUCUAACUAGAUUUAACAAUGAUUAUACCUAACAUUAGAGCAAAAGCAACUUUUACGGAUCGACAAUGUUAUUUGAAUUUAUUUAUAUAUUAUAUAUAUUAUAUAUAUCUAUCUAUUUUUUUAUUUAUAUAUUGCAUUAAUAUUUGUUUUUUAAUCUUUGUUUCGUUCGUUGCUUGUAUGAUUCGUUGACAUACUAUUAGGUAACUCCUGGAGGCUCAUGCGACUGAAAAUCAUAUCUGAAUUGAUCUAGUUGAAUUUCAUCGAAGGAGUAAAAUCAUGUAGAAUAUACGCACAUAUUCGAUUAUUAAUUUUUUAUACUUCAUAUAUCAUAUUAGAGAUAGUAAUUAGGCUCGUCGGAAACGACGAUAAUGCAUAAGUGAGAAUUUUAGAUUUUCUCAAGAGCACUUCUUUUGAACCUAACUCUGUUGUCUAAUAUAUAAACUUUUUAUUUUCCUUGUUAGGAAAAAUGACGUUGCCAUAUCCAUAAUGUUUGGAAUUUCAAGCCUCCGUAAUUCUGUUACUUUCAGUCAUAGCUUUCAGUCAUAGCAUUUCUGAGAUUAUUCUAUUGUGAAAAAUAGUAAUAAAGCAUUGUUAAUAAAUCUAAUUACAUAUA